AUGGCUUCGUUUGCAGAUUACGACGAGUUUGGAAAUUAUAUCGGUCCAGAUCUCGAUUCAGACGAAGAUGAGCAAAUGGAGGCGGUCAGGCAAGAACCAGAGCAGCAGCCGCUCGAGGGACUCGAAGAGGACGAGGAAGAAGAGGAAGUAAACAACGAAGGAGCUUUGAUGCAAAUAGACACCAUUCCACGGAAUCAAGUAAUACUACACGAAGAUAAAAAGUAUUACCCUACGGCUCAAGAAGUAUACGGAGAAGAUGUAGAGACAAUGGUUCAAGAAGAAGACGCGCAACCCCUCUCUGAACCCAUCGUCGCGCCCGUCAAAGUCAGGACUUGGGCCGUCGAAGAAAAGGGGCUACCAGAAACGCGUUAUGAUAAAGGAUUCCUGCUGGACAUGAUGAACUAUCCAGAGAUGAUUCGCAACGUCGCGCUCGUUGGGCAUCUACAUCAUGGCAAAACGUCUCUAAUCGACAUGCUCGUAUUUGAGACUCACAAUCUCAUCUGGGACGCAGACCGACCCGUGCGGUAUACAGACACUCACGUCCUCUCGCGUCAACGAGAAAUCUCGAUCAAGUCUUCGCCCAUGUCCUUGGUACUACCCACAACCAAUGGUAAAUCCCACCUCGUACACCUGAUCGACACCCCCGGACACGUUAACUUUGUGGACGAGGUCGCAGCUGCUAUGAGACUUGUAGACGGCGUGAUCAUCGUUGUCGACGUCGUAGAGGGUGUAAUGGUCAACACCGAAACUGUAAUCAGGCACGCGAUGCAAGAAGGUCUGGCAAUGACUCUUGUGCUCAAUAAAAUGGAUCGCCUCAUCCUCGAGCUGAGGAUUCCACCGUCCGAGGCCUACUACAAAGUUCGCCAUACAAUCGAAGAGGUCAACAACUUUAUUAGCGGGAUCAACCCAGACCCGGCACUUCGAUUGAGUCCCGAACGAGGAAACGUCGCCUUUGCUAGCGCGGAUAUGGGAUGGUGCUUUACCCUAAGGUCAUUUUCGCAACUAUAUGCGGAAGAAUAUGGCUGGUCGACGACCCGACAGAAAAACUCGGAUGUCAUGGAAGAAGCACUCAGUGGCCAGAGGGAAAGCACGACUGGACCGAUGACCGCCAAUAAGUUCGCCGAGCGACUAUGGGGAGAUAUUUGGUUCGACAAAGAGACGAGAAAGUUUAAGCGAAAAGCCAACGAUCCAUCUGCCCCUCGAACAUUUAUCCAAUUCGUACUCGAGCCUCUGUACAAACUUUACGCUGCGGUCCUCAGCAAGGAUACAGAAUCUCUCAAAGUUAUUCUAGACAAACUGUCCAUCAAACUCAAACCAGUCAUGUUCAAAAUGGACGUUCGACCGCUUCUCAAAGCCGUGCUUGACCAGUUCUUCGGACGAUCUACUGGGUUCAUCGACAUGAUUGUUGAACACAUUCCCUCACCCCUUGAAGCAACAGCGCAAAAGGUCGAACGUACCUACACCGGUCCCAUGUCCUCUGAUCUGGCACACGCACUCAAGAAAUGCGAUCCUAAUGGACCUACUGUUGUGCAUAUUAGCAAAUUGUACAAUAGCACUGAUGCACAGAGCUUCAGGGCAUUUGGUAGGGUGAUCAGCGGAACGAUUCGUCCAGGAACAGACGUCAAAGUCCUUGGAGAAAACUAUUCGGCAGAGGACGAAGAGGAUGUGAUGAAGGCCACGGUAGAAGACGUUUGGAUCGGGGAGUCACGAUACGUUCUUUCCACUCAAGAAGUACCAGCAGGGAAUCUUGUCCUCCUGGGUGGCAUCGACACGUCCAUCACGAAGACGGCAACGGUUGUGGAUGCGUCAAUCGAAGACGACUUGUACAUUUUCCGCCCACUGCGACAUUGUACACAAUCGGUCCUCAAGAUUGCUGUCGAACCCAUUGCGCCUUCUGAGCUUCCAAAGAUGCUCUCCGGUCUUCGAAGUAUCAACAAGUCGUAUCCACUGGUUGCGACAAAGGUCGAAGAAAGCGGCGAGCAUGUUGUGAUCGGCACUGGUGAACUCUAUCUGGACUGUGUCAUGCACGACCUCCGCAAGCUCUACGCAGAGAUUGAGAUCAAAGUCUCAGAUCCUGUAACGAGAUUCUGUGAGACCGUACUGGAAACAAGUGUCCUUAAAUGCUAUGCGGACACCCCGAACAAAAAAAACCGACUGACGAUGAUUGCGGAGCCAUUGGACAAGGGCAUGGCAGAAGAUAUCGAGACGGGAAGAGUCAAUAUGCGAAUGUCGGCUAAAGAGCGUGGCAACUUUUUCCAACAAAAAUACAACUGGGAUAUUCUCGCAGCACGGUCAAUAUGGGCAUUUGGACCAGAUGAGCGUGGUCCUAACAUACUCGUUGACGACACACUCGCGGGAGAGGUCGAUAAAAAGAUGCUUGGGCUUGUCAAGGAGCAUGUCCGACAAGGCUUCCAAUGGGGUACAAGGGAAGGCCCGUUAUGUGAUGAGCCAAUGAGAGGAGUCAAAUUCCGAAUCCUAGGCGCAUCGCUCGCGGAAGAACCAAUAUAUCGAGGUGGUGGCCAAAUUGUGCCAACAGCUCGACGUGUUUGCUACUCGUCUUUUCUUUUGGCGACGCCCCGUCUCAUGGAGCCCGUCUAUUACGUCGAAGUUCAAGCACCAGCAGAUUGCAUAUCUGCGGUUUAUACAGUACUUGCAAGGCGGAGAGGACACGUUACUCAGGAUAUUCCAAAGGCAGGCUCGCCGCUCUACACUGUCAAGGCUCUCAUCCCAGUCAUCGACGCAAAUGGCUUUGAGACGGAUCUAAGAACAGCAACGCAAGGACAAGCGUUUUGUCAACAAGUCUUUGACCACUGGGCUAUAGUCCCUGGCGAUCCAACCGACUCAACCGUACGCUUGAGACCUCUGGAGCCAGCCUCGGGACAAGCUCUUGCACGAGAUCUAGCGUUAAAGACGCGCAGGAGAAAAGGUCUUGGUGACCAAAUUGCCGUCUCAAAGUAUCUUGAUGAUGAGUUCAUCAUGGCUUUGACUUCUACCGGGCAUGCGGAUCUCCUGGGCUAA